UGUACGCUAUUCCACGUCGCAGCUCCCCGGAGCCCCAAUGGUAGGCGGCUGCGUGUGCAAGCAAGGCCGUAGAAAGAUGGCGGCGCCCGUCCUGAGAGUGUCCACCCCUCGAUGGGAAAGAAUAGCCCGGCUGCUUGUCUGCCUGUUGGGCAUCCUGCUGUCACUUUAUGCCUUCCAUGUGGAAAGCGAAAAGGCGAGGGACCCGAAUUACAAGGCUAUGUGCGACGUGAGCAACUCAAUGAGUUGCUCUAAAGUGUUCUCCUCCAGGUGGGGUCGAGGAUUUGGACUGCUGGGUUCCAUCUUUGGUAAAGACAGUGCAAUGAACCAGCCAAACAGUGUCUACGGAAUUUUCUUUUAUGUGUUUCAGCUGUUACUAGGAAUGACCGUCAGCGCAAUGGCAGCCCUCAUCCUCAUGACCACAUCCAUUGCGUCCGUUGUGGGGUCACUGUACCUUGGCUACAUCCUCUACUUCGUCUUGAAGGACUUCUGCAUCGUCUGCAUCACCACGUAUGCACUGAACUUCAUCCUGUUUGUCCUCAACUACAAGCGACUGGUUUACUUGAACGAAGCUUGGAAGCAGCAACUCCAAGCUAAGCAAGACUAAAACAAAGGAGGUAAAAUAAAAUAAAACAACAGCAACAAAAAAAAAGAAAAGAAAUGUGACCUCUGAACUUUUGACUCGCCAUCAGGAGACCUUGCUUCCAAACAUUGUUUAUUCUGCAGAUUUAAAAAAAUCAAAACGAUAAAAAAUGGCACCACUUCGGGGACAGAGAUCACAAGUACCAUGCAUACAAAGGAAGGAUUUAAAGAAACAGAAAAUUAACUUUUAUUUUUUCUUUUACUUUUGUCUUUUUCUGGUUUGUUCCCCAAUAUUAUUUCCUAAGGGAUGGGUUUUUGGAAAAAAACUAACAAAAAAAAAACCCAACAAGAAUGAAUAAAAUGAGCAAGCACUGAUGUUGGACUUUGGAGGACAUCCUGCCCUUGAAGAAGGAAAUUUGAAAAGAUGAGAAUGGGACUUGAACGGUUUAUACUUGAAACGGAUAGGAAAAAAUGAGUUCAUGUUGAUCUCAGCUGUACGUAAAUCUAAAGGAUCUGAAUUAUGGGGAUAAAAAAAAAAUGCAUGAUCAUGAAGUUAUUUCAUAAUUCACAACUGUGAUUCCCUGAAAAGAGAUCAAAUGGAAUAACACCAUAAAACAUUUUUUUUGUUUACAGAAAGUUGUGAAGAGGACCACUAAUAUAAAAUAUGGGAGAAUGUGUAUUUUUUUUGCAAUUUUGUAAAUAGCGGCUUAGCAAUAUUCCAAGCUAGAUUGUGUUUUAGUCUUUGAAACAGACUUAAAAAAUAUACAGAUGUUUGAGUCCUCCUCUGGAUGAAUAUUACCAGAAUGUAUUUGCAGUUGGUGUGCAACCAUCCUAAUUUCUGCAAUCAAAAGCAAGGAACGCGGCAUGCUAUUUUGAAUUGUAUGGACGAAUGAUGCCCACUGACCAAUCUCCGCUGCCCUCGGAAGUCAGUGGAGCUGGUUUUAGUCCUCCUUCAGACUUCAGAUGUUGAGGAAUUUCCAGUUUGACACCUUUCCUUUGGAAUAAACACUCGUGUAAAGCAUUCCUGACAUACCUGGAGAGGAACACGGGUCAUAGUGUGCAAGUACAAAUCUAUGACUUCCUAUUGAAGUUAAGUAGACUUACUGGGAAAAAAAAUCUGGUAAUUUACAUAGUAUUCUAUUCCUACCACAUUCAACGGUUUAUUGAAUGGUUAAUCCAAGGCCAAAAAAAAAAAAAAAAGGCAAUUUGAAGUUCACUUUAAGAUACAGUUUCUGCGACUUAAUAAUUUUCCUCAUUUGACCCUAUUCCUCCCUAUUUGAAAUAACCAGUCAUAACCAGUUGUAAUUUUGUCCUAUUGGUCCAACAUCCUGUUAGUUCAGGGGAAGGCAGUCCUGCCAUUGCAGUUGGUGCAGACGGACUUGCUGGUGUGCUAUAUGGUGAGGAUAACCUGCUGACUGAAACCCUACCUCCCCAAGAGAUGGCAGAGGCAGUUCUGCUGCCCCAUGGAGUUGCUAACCACUGUAGCCACUGCAACAGGCAAGAUAUGAUUCCAGGAUUUGGGGUGCAUCACUGUACUAAGGUCUAGUUAGUAUACCACCCAACAACCCAUUUCAUCGUUUUGUCACCAACACCCUUCUAGCCAGCUUUAAAUCUUUCGCAUUCUGCGACUGAUUUGUUUGUUCGUAUUUUAGUACCUGCCGUACAGGCACACCCAGAAAGUGCCCAAGAUGUAUACCUAGUUUUCCCAUCCAGUGCUUCAUCCAGUACUCUGCAUUGCUGCCCACAAUGUAUACCAAUACAACUAUAUGUGACUGCCCAUAAAUUCUGUAAAAUGGAGGCAAAAGUUAUGGACCCACAACUUAUCAAAUGUUUUUAAAAUUGUGUAUGUUCCAGUGAAGUUAAAUUUAGUUCAGGGGUGUGGGUUUGUCCGUUUUUGUCCAUGUGUAUGUACACAUGCACUCUCCUUCCCUGGGCUGGUUGAUCAUAUUUGGAGAGUAAUGUAUGUUGAUAAACGGAGUACAGUAUCUAGCUGGUGCUAUUCAGUGAGUACUUUGGCAUGGUAAAACUGGGCUUCUCUGCAGGUUGUUGCAAGAAAGAAUGGUAGUUUUCCAUGUAGCGUUUCAACUUUACAGAAGAGUUAAUCCUGCACGAUUUGAAAGAAAUGCUUUCGCUUCACACAAACGAUAUACACACUGUGAUCAUGACAUAGUUAAAUAAACAUAUAAAGUCAACUGACUCAAAGCUCAAACUGAGUGUUAGGCUUGUGUACCGAGGCAACAACUGUAAACUUUCACUAUCCUGCUUUAUUACCCAAUGGAGUUUUGCCCCCUGUGAGUUUUGAAAACAAGCUUUCCCAAGCACAUAGGGCUAGCAAGCUAUAAUUCAGAAAAAUGACAUUGGCAUAGAUCAGAAAUUACUUCACAUUACUAUUUCAUGAUCACUCUCCAUUAAAAUGUUAUCUGUGCUGUAAAUGGGACGUAUCAUUCCUGAACUGGAUUUCCAUAAUGAAAAAACAAACUGUAGAAAGUAUACUAAAAAAAACAACAAAAAAAGUAAACAGUUGACACAAAUAUGUAUGGUGGAUCUUGUGAGUUGGUUGCCAACAGUGCACUCUUGAUAUUGAUGACACCCAAGCAAUUUGUGCCAUUAUUUUAUUUGCAUAGCAGCAAUUAAAUUGUUAGCAAGAAGGCUGGUGGUACGCAUAGCUAAGGAGCAUUUUCUCAAAUACUGUGGAACAGUGUAAUUGUGAUUGUGAUAAAAGGACAAGAACCAUUAUGGUUUUAAGGUCAAUGUUGAAAUGUAAAUGUUAAUACACGGUUACUGCUUUUCAAUGAGGUUCUUUUUUUUUUCUGGGUUGUCUUGCAGAAAAGGUGAUGGGUUUAACGGUGGGAAAUGGUACAAAAUUGUUUAAUUGGUUCUUUUUCAAGCAAACAAACCAAAAUGUGAAACAAAAUUUUCUGUAGGAAUCGCCAGGACAAAGUCAUACUGUUGAAAGAAAUUAAUAAAUACAGCAACAUUUUGUAUUUAUUUAUAUAUGUGGUGGAAAUAUGGGACGAAGUAUCACUAUUUUGCAAGAAAGGAAUCCAUUUUACUGCAAGUGUUUCAGGUCACAUCAGUGAUGUCACAGAAUGUGCCUUCUGCUCUGACUGGGCCUGAGCAGUCACUCCUUACGCAGCAGAAAAUGGCCGCCGGUAUUCCUGCUUACCCAUGUAAGGUGUAUCUGAUUACCGAAAAUCCCUCAGCACCACGUAAUUUGCUCACAAUGGAUGUCGUUAUAGAGUAGACCAUCAAACUGUCUCAAAAAACGGUGGCUCCUGUAAAGUUUUUUUUUUUUUUUUUUUUGCUUUUAGAGUUAGUAAUCAUGUUGUCAAUAUUUUGUCUCAAACUCCAAGAAUGUUUAAACUGAACUUUUUUGUUGUCUCAACUGUGACUAGUAAAGAGUUUAUUUCUCUCCUAAUGUUAUAAGGGGCUUCUAUUGUUAAAUUACUAUGCCCUUUAGCUGUGUAGAUUUAACACUAUAGGUUAUUUUAUUAGAAAUGAACAGGAUUGGAGGUUGGGGAGUCCAUGUGUCAGCGUCAGAUUUUAUUUUAAUCAGUUUCUGUGGAGGAAAACUGUUUUUAGGUUUUUGCUUCUGUAUUUGCCAAAUAUGUUGUUCAAAAUGCUGUAUUUUCUUACAUGGAAAAGUGUUACAUGAAGGGUAGGAUGACACAAACACGAAAAACCAAUUGAUGAAAUCCACCAUUAGGUUCUGUAUAUGAAAAAUGUUGCCUGUGAUGACAACGGUGAACAUUAAAAUCGUGUCAUUGUCGUGUGGAAAUGGUCUACCAUUAAAACAUUCCCUCUGAAGCCA